UGGGCUGACCUGCCUACAGCUGGGGCCUGAUAAGGUGGCAGCAAAAGGGUGGAGGGGAGGCAGUGUUGAAGCUGGGGCAAGUAAUUUUCCCCAAUUUACAGGGAAAAACUGAAAUUCAGAAAAGUUUAAUGUCACCCAGGGGCUGGAACCCAGAACUUUAGCAGCUCUCACUUUCACAAUGCCCUUGGGCGACUAGGCUGCAGAGGGGUUUCACCCCAACCCCAGGACACCUCAAGUGUCCCCACCAAACCUUCCUAACACCUGUCCACUUAGUAGGGAGGCCUCUCAGGGGAUUAGCUGUAACUGACCCUUGCAACUGACCUAUGGGACCUGAGGCCUGGCCCCUCAUGGCUCCUGUCACCAGGUCUCAGGUCAGGGUCCAGCAGCCCUGACCUGACAUGUGGAGCCAGAGCCACCCAAUCCCGUAGGGACAGGUUUCACAACUUCGCGGAUGGGGCUGUGGUGGGUCACAGUGCAGCCUCCAGCCAGAAGGAUGGAGUGGCUCCCACUCCUGCUGCUUCUGACCCAAUGCUUAGGGGUCCCUGGGCAGCGCUCGCCAUUGAAUGACUUCCAGGUGCUCCGGGGCACAGAGCUACAGCACCUGCUACAUGCAGUGGUGCCCGAGCCUUGGCAGGAGGAUGUGUCAGAUGCUGAAGAAUGUGCUGGUCGCUGUGGGCCCUUACUGGACUGCCAGGCCUUCCACUACAAUGUGAGCAGCCAUGGUUGCCAACUGCUGCCAUGGACUCAACACUCGCCCCACACGAGGCUGCGGCAUUCUGGGCGCUGUGACCUCUUCCAGAAGAAAGACUACAUACGGACCUGCAUCAUGGACAAUGGGGUUGGGUACCGGGGCACCGUGGCCACAACCGUAGAUGGCCUGCCCUGCCAGGCUUGGAGCCACAAGUUCCCGAAUGAUCACAGAUACACGCCCACGCUCCGGAAUGGCCUGGAAGAUAACUUCUGCCGUAACCCUGAUGGCGACCCCGGAGGUCCUUGGUGCUACACAAUAAACCCUGCCGUGCGCUUCCAGAGCUGCGGCAUCAAAUCCUGCCGGGAGGCCGCGUGUGUUUGGUGCAAUGGCGAGGAUUACCGCGGCGCGGUGGAUCGCACGGAGUCAGGGCGCGAGUGCCAGCGCUGGGAUCUCCAGCACCCGCACCAGCACCCCUUCGAGCCGGGCAAAUUCCUCGACCAAGGUCUAGACGACAACUAUUGCCGGAAUCCUGACGGCUCGGAGCGGCCCUGGUGCUACACUACGGAUCCGCAGCUCGAGCGAGAGUUCUGUGACCUUCCCCGCUGCGGGUCCGAGGCACAGCCCCGCCACGAGGCCACAACUGUCAGCUGCUUCCGCGGGAAGGGUGAGGGCUACCGGGGCACAGCCAACACCACCACCGCGGGCGUACCUUGCCAGCGUUGGGACGCGCAAAUCCCGCAUCAGCACCGAUUUACGCCAGAAAAAUACGCGUGCAAAGACCUUCGGGAGAACUUCUGCCGGAACCCCGACGGCUCAGAGGCGCCCUGGUGCUUUACACUGCGGCCCGGCAUGCGCGUGGCCUUUUGCUACCAGAUUCGGCGUUGUGCGGACGACGUGCGGCCCCAGGACUGCUACCACGGCACAGGGGAGCAGUACCGCGGCACGGUCAGCAAGACCCGCAAGGGUGUCCAGUGCCAGCGCUGGUCCGCUGAGACACCGCACAAGCCGCAGUUCACGUUUACCCCUGAACCGCACGCACAACUGGAGGAGAACUUCUGCCGGAACCCAGAUGGGGAUAGCCAUGGGCCCUGGUGCUACACGAUGGACCCAGGGACCCCAUUCGACUACUGUGCCCUGCGACGCUGCGCUGAUGACCAGCCGCCAUCAAUCCUGGACCCCCCAGACCAGGUGCAGUUUGAGAAGUGUGGCAAGAGGGUGGAUCGACUGGAUCAGCGUCGUUCCAAGCUGCGUGUGGUUGGAGGCCAUCCGGGCAACUCACCCUGGACAGUCAGCUUGCGGAAUCGGCAGGGCCAGCAUUUCUGUGGCGGGUCUCUAGUGAAGGAACAGUGGAUACUGACUGCCCGGCAGUGCUUCUCCUCCUGCCAUAUGCCUCUCAUGGGCUAUGAGGUAUGGUUGGGCACCCUGUUCCAGAACCCACAGCAUGGAGAGCCAGGCCUACAGCGGGUCCCAGUAGCCAAGAUGGUGUGUGGGCCCUCAGGCUCCCAGCUUGUCCUGCUCAAGCUGGAGAGAUCUGUGACCCUGAACCAGCGUGUGGCCCUGAUCUGCCUGCCCCCUGAAUGGUAUGUGGUGCCUCCAGGGACCAAGUGUGAGAUUGCAGGCUGGGGUGAGACCAAAGGUACGGGUAAUGACACAGUCCUAAAUGUGGCCUUGCUGAACGUCAUCUCCAACCAGGAGUGUAACAUCAAGCACCGAGGACGUGUGCGGGAGAGCGAGAUGUGCACUGAUGGACUGUUGGCCCCUGUGGGGGCCUGUGAGGGUGACUACGGGGGCCCACUUGCCUGCUUUACCCACAACUGCUGGGUCCUGGAAGGAAUUAUAAUCCCCAACCGAGUGUGCGCAAGGUCCCGCUGGCCAGCCGUCUUCACGCGUGUCUCUGUGUUUGUGGACUGGAUUCACAAGGUCAUGAGACUGGCUUAGGCCCAGCCUUGACCCCAUAUGCCUUGGGAAGGACAAAACUUCUUGUCAGACAUAAAGCCACUUUUCCUCUUUACGCCUGUA